AUGUCUUCAAACGCAAGCAAUAAUAGUAACCUAUCAUCGGUAAACGAGCAAGCGAAGACAGCGACGACAAGUACAGCAGCAAAUUAUGCAAAAUGGAAUAAAAUUGAACAACUUAGCGAUGAUGACGAAGAUAAAAUGAUAAAAGGUAUUGAAGGUCACUGGACACUGGUUAAAUUUGAACCGUAUCCUGGCUGUGAAGGUUACGAGUUUGAUAUUAUUAAGAACACCGGUGGUGGCGAUCACGUCUAUCAUAUCUGUACUAUUGGUAUUAUAAAUAAAAUUUGGUGUACUGUAGAACAGACAGGAGCAGAGGAAUGGAAAGUACGGGGCAAGGUGAAUAUCACGGAUGAUGCACACGGACUGGAAGAAGGAAUGAAAAGAGAUAGAAUAAUUGCUGGUAUUCUACAGAAUAUUCAGAAUAUUGAACAGAAGAGUAAAGGACAUUUAGUGUUAACAACGGCAAAUAUAAAAAUUGUCUUGGAACGACUGCCGGCUACGCAGAGAGAUAUGGAAAUGAAGAAGAAGAAAGUAGACACCUAG